CAGUCUUUGAAAAUGUUCGCCGUCGCCAACACCUCCGCGCUCCGCGUUGCCGCCAAGGCCCCCGUCAAGGCCCGCCGCACCGUCGCCCCCAAGGCGGCGCUCGUCGCGGACCUCAAGAAGGCUGCCAAGAAGGUCGCGCCCGCCAUCCUCACCGCGACCACCACCAUGCUCCCCGCGGCUGCCGCGCUCGCCGAGGAGGAGGUCACCCCCGUCGACCUCAAGCUCGCCAUCGGCUUCACCGUCGCCAUCGGCAUCGCCGCCUUCUCCACCCUCCCCGAGCCCGAGUCCUCCAAGCACGGCCACGGCGGUGACCACUAAGUCCCCCGCGAUCGUGCAGAUCGGCCGCACUCUGGACAGGUUGGGAAAAAGCUGAGGUUUUCCAACGGUGCAGUCGCAGCCGACGAGGAGAGGAGAGAAUUGUUUAGGUCGCACGCGACCGCGCUGCGCCGCAUCGGGCGCGAUCGUUCACACAUAGGUAGCAUCCUGUAAUCGCAAACGGCGCGUCACGACACCGCCUCACAGUCAGUCCAGUC